AUGGCUUCAAGCAAUGGUCAGACAGAAGCUCCGGCCCCAUCUGUCCCCAAAAAUCCCACUAUGGCAUCAUGCCGGAAGAAGAAAACAGAUGAUGCUACCUUCAUCGAAGAUCUGAAAGACCACAUCGAUGAGUUCAUUCAUGCCUCCAUGGAUGAGCACAAGACCUGCUUUAAGAAGACAAUCCAGAAGAUGUUUGGGAUGUCAAAGGCUGUUGCACAGAGAUCAGCGGCAGAAGCAAAGGAAGCUGAAGUUGAAAGUGCUUUGCCACUUCAGACCAGUGUCUCGCAGUAG